AUGACCGUCACUGUUGUGGCCACCCCUACAGCGAGAACGAAAUAUCGCGACCCCCUAAGAACCAUCGACAUGGCAACUUCCCAGGCGCAGGCGCGUCCUGCGUCAUCCGCCACGUCUGGCAAAGCGGGUCGGAAAGGCACGAGGUCGAGUGCGCGACUGAGUUUGAACAGUCAGGAGAAGGCCGAGGAAACGUCAACGCGCGGGAAAAGAAAGAAUUCUUUCAGCGAGGACGACGAUGAUUUUCAAUUCACACGUCUACCGCCCAAGAAAUCAAAACCCACGGUGGCCGCCAUUCCAGAGCAUGUCACUGAAGAAUCUGCACCGCAGCCGUCACCGAAGAGAGGUCGCCCGCCGAAAAAGCGACCUGCAGAGAAGCCUGAAGCUCCUGCCGACACGAAUCACACGACGGAACCUCGAGCGAAGCGGUCGACGAGAGGGAAGGCGAAAGCCCCGGCGCCUGAGCCUGAAGUUCAAUCUCAAACGCAAACGCAAACCCACGCACAACCGCAACCACAACCACUACAGCAGCCUCAGCCGGCAAAUGAUACGCGCUCAACGCGCAAUCGUGAUCGUACUGAGCCAGCACCCAAGGAGAAGGAGAAAAAGAAACGGAGAGGACGACCGAGCAAAUCGAAUGAGGAGGCCGAGCGGCGAAACGGAUUCGUGUCCCCGGAGCCUCCGAAGGCUGGGACGGCAACAAUUGCACUCCCUGCGGCCGACACGCCGGUUAUUCAACGGAAUAAGGAAAUGAGGGGGCAGACAAAGGCAGGGAAAGGAAACAGGCGAAGCAGUUUAGGGAUGAGAGGGCGACGAGCUAGUUCGCUUAUCGAUUCUGGGGUUUCGAAUGCUUUACCGCACAAGGAAGUUGGCACAGCAGACUUCUACAAGCACAUUGCCAGUGAUGGUCUACCAGAGCCGAGGAGGAUGCGUCAACUUUUGACUUGGUGUGCAACUCGCGCGUUGGGAGAGAAGCUUACUGGGUCGGGCGCUGAGGAUGCUAGCGUGCAUUUGGCGGCGCGUGUGAUUCAGGAGGAGAUUCUGAAGGAAUUUUCCACUAAUUCCGAGCUAUCGAACUGGUUCUCGCGGGAAGACAUCAACCCUCCAUCGGUCGUGGUCAAGAAGCCGAACCCAAAGAAUGUGCAGAACACAGAGAAGAUCAAGGAAUUGGAGGAGCAAAUCUCGAAGCUACAAAAGCAGAAGCAUUCUCUGAGUGCACUCCUUCGACCGUCGCCUAUCCCACCGAUUAAGCAACCCCCAAGCCAACCGGAUACUGCAACAAAUGGGCACACCGAGCAGCCGUCGUCGCAAACAGAAUCUGACUCCAAUAAACCUGGGCACCAGAAGCAGUCGCCUCAGCCCGACUCGAUCGAUAUUUCACUCCUUGAGCCUUCUCAACUCAAACUCUAUGCCUUGAUAGACCCCGAUGCCACAAAGCGACAUUCAACCGCGCAGUCCGAAGAAGCAGAGUCACCUUCGAACGCCACUACUCUACCUCCAACCAACCCCUCAACCAUCUCUACGCGUUUGUCCCGUAUUACGUCUGGUCUUGCACCGACCUUGGAUUCGUUCGCGGCUGGCAUCCAUGAUAUCGAGCUAUAUCGGGCUAUGUCCGACAAUGUAUCGUCGCGGAUCCUGCGCAUAUGCGCCGAGCGAUUAGACGAGCGCGAAGCCAGAAAAUCACUAGGAAGACUUGCCUUGGAAGAGCAAGGAGAGCAAAAAGACCUCAGCCUUCGGCCACGCGCUCGAGAGGACAUCGGCGUGAUCCUCGGGGCCCUCAGCCGAGUCGAACGACGAGGAUAA